CCAGGUAGAGAGUGAAGGGGAGGGAGGGGGGUCGUGAGGAGGGGAGAAACACUGCGGGUGUGUUUUUUGGGGGGUGGCCUCUCCAUCCCGGCGAACACCUUUCCUGGGGCUCGGCGCGCGCUCGGACGCACGGACGGUGAUGCUGAUGAUGAUGGUGGCGACGAUGAUGAUGAUGAUGAUGAUGAUGAUCGACGUCCGGCCGCCGCGGCUGCUGCUGCCGCUGCUGGCUCUGCUCGCCAUUGCGGGAGGCGGCCUCGGGGCGGACACGGAGGAGCGGCUGGUGGAGCAUCUCCUAAACCCAGCCCACUACAACAAACUGAUCCGUCCUGCGACUAAUGGCUCCGAGCUGGUUACCGUGCAGCUGAUGGUGUCGCUGGCCCAACUCAUCAGCGUGCAUGAACGGGAGCAGGUGAUGACCACUAAUGUCUGGCUAACACAGGAGUGGCAGGACUAUCGUCUGACUUGGGUCCCUGAGGAGUUUGAUGGGAUGAUGAAGGUCAGGCUGCCCUCAAAACACAUCUGGCUGCCUGACGUGGUGCUUUACAACAAUGCCGACGGUGUGUACGAGGUGUCCUUCUACUCUAACGCCGUGGUCUCCUACGACGGCAGCAUCUUCUGGUUGCCCCCAGCCAUCUAUAAAUCAGCCUGUAAGAUCGAGGUCAAGCACUUCCCCUUCGACCAGCAGAACUGCACGCUGCGCUUCCGCUCCUGGACCUACGACCGCACCGAGAUCGAUCUGGUCCUCCGCGCUGAUGUGGCCAGCAUGGAUGACUUCACGCCCAGCGGGGAGUGGGACAUCAUUGCCCUGCCAGGCAGACGGAACGAGAACCCCGCUGACCCCACCUACGUGGACAUAACGUAUGACUUCAUCAUCCGCAGGAAGCCUCUUUUUUACACCAUCAACCUCAUCAUCCCGUGUGUCCUCAUCACCUCACUGGCCAUCCUGGUCUUCUACCUGCCGUCAGACUGCGGAGAGAAGAUGACGCUGUGCAUCUCAGUGCUGCUGGCUCUCACUGUGUUCCUGCUGCUGAUCUCCAAGAUCGUGCCACCCACUUCACUGGACGUCCCUCUGGUGGGGAAGUACCUGAUGUUCACCAUGGUCCUAGUCACCUUUUCUAUCGUCACCAGUGUGUGUGUGCUCAAUGUGCACCACCGCUCACCCACCACACACACCAUGCCCCCUUGGGUUAAACUGGUGUUCCUCAACAAGCUUCCUGCCCUGCUCUUUAUGCGCCAGCCAAGAAACAGCUGCGAGCGCCAGCGGCUGCGCCAGAGAAGGAGGGCCCAGGAGCAGAAAGAGGGCGGGCGCAGCGGGGAGGCAGGGGCCCUGAUGGUGGGUCUCGGGCUGGGUGGUAGUGGCGGGAGCGGAGGGGGAACCACAACAGGGGUAUUCAGCAAAGAAGACAGUGACCCUUGUACCUGCUACGUGAACCGGGCGUCUGUUAAACAGUUUGGAGGGGAUCUGGGAGGUGCAGGGGGUGGAUCCUUGGAUGGUCUGAAUAGGGUGAGGGAGGGCAGGGAAGGGGGCUCUGGAAACGUGCCCCGGGGCCAACAAGCAGGGGGAGGUCCUGCUCUGACUCAGGCCCUGUUGGCCCAGGCCUGUCCAGGGUUUGAGGAAGCCGUGGAAGGAGUUCGCUUCAUCGCUAACCACAUGAAGAGUGAAGAUGAUGAUCAAAGUGUGAGCGAGGACUGGAAGUACGUCGCUAUGGUGAUCGACCGCCUCUUCCUGUGGAUCUUCGUGUUCGUGUGCGUGUUCGGCACGUUGGGCAUGUUCAUGCAGCCCCUCUUCCAAAAUUACACAGCCAAGACCAUCACCAGCACGGCGGGCUGAGCAUCCCCUCUCCCCAGCCACGAACACGCUGACGGACAGCUUCCCCCGACCAAUCAGCACAGCAGAACAGCAGAGGGCCAGAGGCGGGGAUGGUAGGGGGGAGCCGGUCUGGGGUUUUUAUUUUGUUGUAUCUAUGGAACCGGAACCAGAACUGGAACUGAACAGCAAUCACACCCAUUACCUUUAUAUAGUAACAUUUUUUGCAAUGAACAACGGAUUUUUCUUGUAUGAGGAACUAAGGAGAAGGCCAUCAUACACCUGCAGUGUUUUGUCCAGAUGUUUGACGGAAUGACCUCCCCUUUCUGGUGGAGGCGUCCCUCCCUGCUCUCCUCUUCAGCCAGUCAGGGAGCGAGGAUGCUAAGAAACCUCACGCCAGCCAAUCGACACUUUUCCUCCUGCUGCUGACUGCUUAACGACAACGUGCCCUCCUCCCACUAUGACACUUCUCAUCCACAGUAUCGACUGAUGUCAGUGAGAGCUAAUCAGAAAGGGAAGGAAGGUUCAUAUCAAGGUUCUUAUUUUCUUUUCCAGAAAUCCACUACGCCAGUGAACUCAAUAUAUUUUAUCAUAGCAUAGCAGCCUACCACAGUAAAGCAUUGACUAUAUAUUAUCAAGAUUUCUCUAUGUGUUAGCUCAUACCAGGGUCUAUUGCUGAUAGAGAGGCUACGGUGUGUUGUAUGAUUGUAUAGCUAUAACAAGAAUGUGAUAUAAACUGUACUACACAGCCCGUGGCACAUACACUAACACAAUAUGUGUACAAGCAACUGAUUGCGAAGGAAAAUACAUACAAGAGCCAGGACGCAUUAUGUGAUGAAGGUCAAAAGGAAAAAGAAAUAGAUCAUGCAUGAACAGUUUUUAUGCUUAAAGAGUUGUGCACAGCAAGUAGAGUACGGCCGUGCAAAGUUGGGGGAAUCUAAGCCAAGAUGGUGGACAGGACUUCCUAUAGGACGGUCAGUGGAAUAUGAUUUCUCCAAGAUGGAGUAUUUAGAGCUCUGGGGCAAAGAUCGGUAUCGGAAAAAAGUUUCAUGUAAAUCAAAAUAUAUUGGUGGAAGCAUGGAGAACAUGGAAAUGAAGCUGUUAUGUGUAGUAGUAUGUAAUUUCACAACUGCUUAUUACCUGUCAUUGCUGUGAUUAUCAGAUCAGAGAAAGACAGCGUCUCACUUGUUCUUCCUUUCUUUGUUUCUCUCCUCUCCUCUCCUCUCUGCUCCAUCUCCGGUGUAUCUAUUUUUGCACUGGAUUCUGUUCAUGUAUGUAAUGUGAAGAACAUAUGUAUAGAUGUAUGCGUGCCCCCGUACCCUAAGCCAUUAUCAUAUCUGUCAGAUGCAAUGUUCAGGAGAGCAUACUGUGCUCUCGCCCUCAUCCACCCUUUCUAUUAAUGUCCGACAACCUCCCUCCAGUUCUCUCCCUCUUUAUCUGGUCUUCCACAAACACAUUUUCUGACAAAUAGUCCAAUUAGAAAAACCUACAUCCUCUAAUCACCUUUUUCAUUUGGGCAGUUUUUUUUUUUUUUUAGCAUGGAACAGCUUAUUUUCGUCAUGUCCGCUAUGUUCCCAUGACAACCGAGCGAGAUGCAAAAAGGUUAUUUUUCCGACACGCAGGGACUUGGGGGGCGGGGGAGGAUUCAACGGGCAACACAGGAACAGCAGCGCGGCCAUCACUGAAGCAACCGUACCAGGCAAUAAGUUACAGAUGCAAAAUCACAAGCAGUAAUGGUUAAAAGGGGGCAAUACAUGAUGCUAUGUAGUAUAAACGUGACUGACUUCAAUACGAUGCUGCAGCUGAGGAUUAACGGACGGGAGGAAAAAAUGGAUAGUCUGACCACAUCAAGCACAAUCCAGGUAGUGAGUUAAAGCAGGAUGAACAGAGACAAAGGACUGUUGGUGUGGUUGUUACAGCAUAUGAAAGCCACUAUAAAUAUCUGAAGGAAAAAAAAAAGAAAUGCUGUCUAAUCCUCAGUCACUGUCACUCGCUUCCCCCUGCUUUUUACAGCUGCCAUGUCUGCAGCUCAGCACUGGACUGGGAGCUCUGUUUCCAUCUCUCUCUCUCUCUGUCUCUGGAGGAUGGUAUUACCCAGAGGGGGGGGGGGGUCCCCAUGCAGAUCCCAAACAAGUGUGAAAAGCCUAUCAGAGACCUGUGAAAACUGUAGGCCACACGGCUCCACACGGACAAAAGUGCUGCUGUCCUCUCCCUCUAACCUCUCCACUCCCUCCUUCCUCUCCUCUCACUUCCUCUCUCUCGUUAUAUCCUCGCCCCUCAUCUCUCACCUUCUCCUUCCUGACUCUCAAAUCUGCUCCUGUGCACACCUUAACCGGUCCAAUAAAGGUUGUAGGUUCAGAUUAACAAAAGUG